AUGGCUGAAGGCAAGAUAAUCAAAGAAGUAAGAGACGAGAGACAAUUGGACGCUUGGGAAAGUUUGUACAUAGAAAAUGGAACGGAACUGACGAACAUUGACGAUCCUCCGAUAAAAAGAAAAAGACAAGAAAAUAGAAUCACCAAAGGGAUUCAAAGGAUUUCACUCUCCUUUAGUCGUUCAAAACAUCAACCGAGAGAAUGUUUGCCCGUAAAAAAAGGGCAUGUUGGAAUGUAA